UGUUAUUUGUUAAUGUUAUUGAAGUUUAUUUAUGCUAUCUUGUGUAUACAAGGAAGGCAUAUCCAAGGAGUAUGCAGGCACAAUAACAUAGGCAAAAAAGUAACCAAUAUCUCAAUACGUAUAGUGAUAGUGUAUAAGGCAACGUUCUGACAUUGGUCUAUGUUCACUUGGACCGACUAUCCCCGAAUUCAAUAGUUUUUAGUUAUAAAAUUCCGAAAUUUAAUUAUGACUGUGAAGCAGCCCGACAUUUUCCGUGAUACUUAUAUCCGUUAUUUAGGGUACACCAAUGAGAUAGGAGAAUCUUUCAAGGCGUUCUUGCCCAGGUGGGCGUAUUUAGGAACAUAUGCUGUCGCCUGCACGUAUGUGGCAGCUGACGCCUUCGAUAAAGGAGCAGUCGCAUAUAAGAUCUCCGAUGAUCCAAACAAACACGCAAGGGCGGCUGUGGCCGUUGUUGAUACAGGGCUGUGGCAGUCAUUUGCAUCGGUCAUCAUACCUGGAGUUUUUAUCAACCGCCUGUGUGCCGCGUCUAUGUUCACCGUCACCCGAUUGGCCCCAAAACUUAAAGGAUCAACACACAAAUGGAUCACGACCGCUGUGGGCUUGUUAUCAAUUCCGAUGAUUAUCCAACCGAUCGAUCAUUUAGUCGAAGAAAGCAUGAACAACUUAGUAAGGCCCCGGUUUGUGAACAUGCUAAGGGUACGAUAGCGUGACGCACCGUGUGUUCUAGUGCGGCCAUGUGCUAGUAACAAAGUUUGUAUGUCAGAGUGACUUCAAAAUAAAAUAGCUGGAAAAGCAUACUCUAUCG